GUCCUUGGUGUAAUUUGCUUGUUCCGCUGAUUUUUCACUGUAACUAGCGACAUUAGUAAAUGACGUGUUAACGUUUGCCCAAAAUACGGUUUUCAGUGUCUGGUAAAUAUGAGUAUGAAUGAUGGUGAAGCGAUCGAAUACGAACCUUCUCUUAGAAAUGUAAUCGAACAGCGAUCUUUACGAUGGAUAUACGUUGGUGGCAAAGGAGGAGUUGGUAAAACGACUUGCAGUUGUUCGUUGGCUGUGCAAUUAUCAAAAGUCAGGGAAAGUGUACUUAUCAUUUCCACUGAUCCCGCGCAUAAUAUUUCCGAUGCGUUCGAUCAGAAAUUCAGUAAGGUUCCGACCAAAGUUAAAGGAUUUGACAAUCUUUUUGCCAUGGAAAUAGAUCCAAAUGUGGGCAUUACAGAAUUACCAGAAGAAUAUUUUGAAAGUGAAACUGGUGAAGCAAAGAAAUUGAGUAUAAGCAUAAUGCAAGAAAUUGUAGGAGCAUUUCCUGGUAUUGAUGAGGCAAUGAGUUAUGCAGAAGUUAUGAAGUUGGUUAAAGGAAUGAACUUUUCCGUGGUUGUUUUUGAUACUGCACCUACUGGUCACACUUUAAGAUUAUUAUCAUUCCCACAAGUAGUAGAAAAAGGACUGGGGAAAUUAAUGCGUUUGAAAAUGAAGAUUAGUCCUUUCAUUACACAAACAAGCUCAUUAUUGGGAAUAACAGAUUUCAAUGUAGAUACAUUUUGCAAUAAAGUAGAAGAAAUGAUUGUAGUUAUUCGACAAGUUAAUGAACAGUUUAGAAAUCCAGAUCAGACAACAUUUAUUUGUGUAUGCAUAGCAGAAUUCUUGUCACUUUAUGAAACAGAAAGGCUUGUGCAAGAAUUGACAAAAUGUGGUAUUGACACUCACAAUAUUAUAGUGAAUCAGUUAUUGUUUUUGAAAGAGGGAGAUGCACCUUGCAGACUUUGUCUUGCUAGGCAUAAAAUACAAAAUAAAUAUUUGGAUCAGAUAAUGGAUCUUUAUGAGGAUUUUCAUGUUACAAGACUUCCAUUAUUAGAAAGAGAAGUUCGUGGAGUUCAACAAGUUAAAGAAUUUUCGGAAAACCUUAUUAAACCGUAUAACCCUUAA